UCCAAACAAAUGAAAGGAUACAGAGAGAAGCAACCAAAGACAAACCAUUACAAAAUAACGCGAAUAAGGCUGCCUUAGUUUUCAGUUGCUAGAAAAACGCCACUCGAGUUUAUUAUUCGAAGUGCGAUCAUUUGUAUGACAGGAUUCCAGCAAUGGCCAAUAUUCUGGCCAUGUCACUGCUUCUAGUCCUCGUCAUGAAAAGCUCUGUGUUUUCGAUGGCGUUUGUUCGAACGGGAUAGUCCUUUAGUUAUUCAAAGCGUGUCACGACGCUUCACAGAUUCCGAGCUUAAUCACAUGUUCAGAACCUGGACAGCUCCUCGCUGUGGAACGCUUCCACUAUAUGAGCGGCGCGAGGAGUCCCUGCCGCGAUAGGGGGGAAGCCCUCCGAAACCAGAAGCGGAAGGCAAAAUGUCCUCUUCCAGAUUCAGGGAUGCAGCUUGCUAGUAACUUGGUUAGACGUGGACACAUAACAACAUCUUGCUGAAUGAUGAUGCUUGCAUUUCGGAUUCAGUCUUUUUCUUAUGCCCUGUAUUCUGAGAAGCGGCAGGGGUGCCUGUCCAACGCACAACUGCUAAGGAUAGCAGCCUACACACUGCAAGCCCAGAGCGCCACUCACACUGAUCAACGGAAAGGGAGACAUUGUUUUCACCAUCACGGGGCCCCACGAGGCACGGAUAGACUGUCAACAAUGUAAAUCAAGAAAGGUUCAUUAUGUGUGUGCGUGAAGUGUCUCUCCUUUGUGGUGACCUCAGGAGUUAAAUUUGGGUGACGUCCUGUGGAACCCCAGCCAUAGCCCUGAUUCCUCAGUAUGACUGAUCCUCAGGCAGCUCAGCAGGCCGGGAUAUCGGACCUGGAGGUCAUAUCCCAGCAGGCAGAGGAGGAGAGCCAGUGCGUCGCUCCUGUCCAGCUGGUGGGCUUCACCUACAGGGACCUCCCACUGGCCGCCCUGGACCUCUCCCUGGCCGGCUCACAGCUCCUGUCUAACCUGGAUGAGGAGGACACCAGAGAAGGGUCUAACUGGCUGAAGCCCUGCUGUGGACAGCGAGCUGCUCUCUGGCAGGUUUUCCUCUUCAGCGCUGGUUUCAACUGCGUCCUGGUGGCCUGUGUGGUCCUGGUGGUGGUCCUGCUGGCCUUGGAGCUUCUUAUUGACACCAAACUCCUACAGUUUUCCAACGCGUUCCAGUUCGCCAGCAUCGUCCACUGGAUCAGCCUGGUCAUCCUCUCCGUGUUCUUCUCUGAGACUGUCUUUAGGAUUGUAAUCCUAGGGAUCUGGGACUACAUCGAGAACAAAGUUGAGGUGUUCGACGGUGCUGUUAUCGUCCUCUCUCUGGCCCCAAUGGUGGCCUCCACUGUUGCCAAUGGACCCAGCAGCCCUUGGGAUGCCAUCAGUCUGAUUAUCACUUUGCGCAUCUGGAGGUUCAAGAGAAUCAUUGAUGCCUAUGUGCUCCAGGUGAAGGUGGAGAUGGAGCUGGAUAUCCAGCAAUAUGAGAAGGCCAAGGCAGUCAGAGAGGAACAGCUGGAGCGCCUCACCCACAUCUGUCAGGAGCAGGCUUUUGAGAUCAGGCAGCUGCGGGCACACCUGGCCCAGCAGGACCUGGACCUGGCUGCAGAGCGUGAAGCGGCCAUGCAGAUCCACCGCGUGUGGGACAAGCAGGCCGGGGGCUUCCAAGUGGUGGACGGGCUGACCCCCGGGGAGUCGGACGAUGAGGGCCGCGGUGGAGCCAGAGAGCCCCGGCCCCCGCCAGAUUCUGUUGCUCGGGAUGACAUGAACAACUACAUCAGCCAGUACUACAGCGAGCCGAGCAGCGACGUGGGAGUGCCCGAUACGGGCGCGCGUGUCAUAACCACGGCGGCCAUCGACGUGCACCUGCCUGAUAACCCCAGCAGCAUGUCCUCCACCGUGCUGGGCGCCAGCGCCCCCGUUCCCCCGCCGCGCGUAGCCAGCUCGGCCAGCGACUCCUCUGUGGCCGCGUCCCGCACCGCCGGCCUCUCCUCUGUCCGAGGGCCGAGCGUCAGCAGUCACACGCUCAGCUCCACCACCGACUGCAGCACCGCCCGCCAGGCCUCCUCUGACUACCCCACGCUCUGCUGUGGCCCCCUGCCCCCGGGGCAAGAGCCGCGGGGCCUCCGGGACCCCAGCGCGGUGGUGCAGGAGCUCCUCUCCUCGCUGACGGGGGACUCCUGCCUCGCCCAGAAAGGGCUGGACCCGGUGAACCUGAAGCUGCCCAGCCCCACCGGCUCAGCUGAGACCAGCCCCGAACUGGAGCACAGGGUCAACAUCUACAACAAGAAGAACCAGGAGAACCUGAGUGUGUUCCAGACCAAGCCCCUGAUCCACCUGCAGGCCAGCGAGCCUCCCCCGGGAGAGAAGUACAGGUUCCUCGACCCCACCACCGCCCCCGCCGCCCGCCUGCCUGAUACAUAGUGACCAGCAGGGGGCGCAGUUACCCAGGCAGGUCUGAAAAACCCCUCAGAAACUGAACGACGAGCUCACAUGAACUGAACAUUCCCGCUGGCCUCUCUGUGUUAGCACUCUCCAUGUGAAGCUACUGACACCCCCCGCCCCCCCCCAGCAACUGUGAGGCCCCUUCCUGGUAAAAAAAAAAAAAUUGCACAAUUGUCAGGUGAGGAGUGGACGGCAGGGAGAAUAGUUUUAUGAGCCAGCACUGAUGAAUCAUCAGGAAUUUCCAUUGUGAAUAAGUCCCAAUGUGAUAACCAGCAAGGUGCCAUGCUACAGCUUUUACAGAACAACAUAUUCAAUAGUGUUACUGAAACUGACGAAGACUUAUUUUACAGUUUCUUUUUGGGUGUGAGAAAGGAGUGAUUAAGGGAAAUGGGGUGGUAAGUGGAUUUAUCUUUUAAUUAGUAUGAAAUGCUGUAACAAAAUGUACAGUCUCUGAUCCGGCUACUGCAGGGUACAUUUGAUUGGGUGAGCUGUGUUCACAGCAAUUUCUUACCUUUUGUCUUUCUACAUUACAGAUGAUGAUGUUUGUACUGAAAUUAAAGAGGCUUAACUGUGCUCACUCCAAUAUCAUUAAUCAAGAACAGAUCAAGGAAAGCAACUACUGGGGAAUUUUGAGAAGCUAAGGGAAACUAUUUAAACUCUAAAACUAGUAGAAAUGGAGUGAUCAUAGCACAAACCUUUACAAAGAUCUGCUUUCGGAAUUUGGCAAACUAAGCCUGUGCACUUUAAUGUUUACAGAAAUUUUAUAACCUGAACAUGGAGGAAAUUUGUUGCAGACUGCAGUUGUCCUUUGAUUAAAAGCAAGUUUGUAAACUGA